CGAAGUACAUACAUUUAUUCCCUCCUUUGUUUAUCAACAUAUAUAACAACCUUUUACGUUUGUUCACUUUUCUUCUUCCACCUUUAAUAUUCUUUCCAUUUUUAAUUUUGAUUUUUUUUGCUCUCGAUUUAAUAUAAUUUUUUACGAUUUUUUGUUUCAAAUUGUUCACAUUACAUUUAUUUAGCUUCCUUUUUUUAUUUUUUACUCGGUUUUUUACUUUUCCUCAAAAAUGGCAAUUUACGAGACGAAAACGAAAGAAAAUAUUUUUUUUCAAUGAAACACGAAACGAAAAAAAAUUUUUUUAAUUUUCUUUCAAACAACCAACAUGAACAUAACCCAUUUGGAUUGAUGGUUGAUAAGACCGAGUCUUGUCGUACCGAAUUUUGCCCUGACAUGUCUUUACUCAUAUUUUACAUUUUGUUUUUACGUUUUUGUUUUUUAAGUUAAUUUAUGUUUACUUGACAAAUUAUUUUCGAGUCACCGGAUUUUUACUUCCGUUAAUUUAGACUGCAAGAUUUUCCGGUAAUAGUGCAGUUAACGGAAGAUAAAGUCUGACAAUUCUAUGUAAAAAGUGUAAACCUGCUGGAUCAAAGUGUGUUUAUUUCAUGAGUAGGUUUCACCGAACCAAAAAUCUUCGGCUUUUCGAUCGGUUCGAUUUGAAAUCGACAAACCUAUUCAUGAUAUUUUCAAAUUAAACCGAUAAACACGCAAACGCAACUAAUCCCUAAAUACAUCAUAUUAAUUAAUUUUCACUUAAACACUCCUCAUCCAACCACUUUUGUUUUACAAUACGACCCCUGUUAUAUUUUCUACGUGAAACACACGUCUCGUCCAUUUCGACCUCCACACCCUCUC